CUCAAUCCGUACCACCCGGAAGGAGUGGCCUGUCAAUACAUUUAUCAUGCAAUCCUUCCUAUCUUUAUAUGCGCGUCGACAUAACGUCAGUCGGAAUCACUCGACAUCGGAUCGCUUUGCCUUCUGCACCCAUUGAUUGACUGUACCCUUCACCUUCUUGCCAUGUUCAUGCUUCCCCUACGUCUUCGUGAGCGCGCGUUAUGGACUUGCUGCAGGCUUCGCCUUCACUGAUUGCUCUCACAUGUGCCGCCACUGUCUAUGUGCUCGCCCUGGUUUUCCAUCGCCUAUUCUUGAGUCCAACUUCUUCGUUUCCGGGCCCCCCGUUGGCCGCAGUGACUUUCUGGUACGAAUUCUACUACGAUGUCAUCUGCUGUGGGAGGUAUACGUGGAAAAUCCAGAAACUGCAUCAACAAUAUGGGCCCGUUGUCCGCAUCAAUCCGCACGAGCUUCAUAUCUCCGAUCCAUCAUUCUAUGAAUCUGUCUAUGUCGCAUCUUCGCGACGCACCGAUAAGUGGCAUUUCUCGGCUCGCAUGUUCGGCACAUCGCUGGCCACGGUUGGAACCACUGGCCAUGACCUACAUAGACUUAGGCGCUCCGCUCUCAGUAAUUUCUUUUCCAAACGCUCCAUUUCGCAACUUGAACCCAAUAUCCAGCGCAUGGUCGACCAUGCCUGCCGUUUGUUGAAGGAUAGGGGCUUGGGCGGUGAAAAACUCAAUCUCAAAGACUGUUUUGCUGCCUUCUCCGCCGAUCUUAUCGGGGAAGUUGCUUUUGGUAGCAGCUAUGGUUUGCUCGAUAGAGCUGGAUUCGAGCCUGGAUGGCAAAAAUUGAUGAUGGACCUGUCCCGCGCAACUCAUCUAAUGAAACAGUUUCCUUGGGUCUAUUCCAUCUUUAAUUCGAUACCGCCCUUUUUGGUUGCCUUGGUACAUCCUCUCACUAAGCGCCUGCUCGAUAUUCGAUGCGAGAUACACACCAAGAUUGAACAAACGAAAGCUGCAAUGAGGAAUGGCGGCUUGAACACUACAGCAUCUACACUCAAAACUGGUGGCGUGCACCAUUCAACAAUCUUGCAUUCAAUGAUCGCCUCUUCUUCGCUCCCGGAUCAUGAACUCGAAACAGGACGACUUAUAGACGAAGCAUUCACUUUGCUGGGUGCAGGAACCAUCACCACCGCGCAUACGCUCACUACCAUCAUGUAUUACAUCCUCUCUGAUUCUUCAAGGAAAUCUCGAUUGGAGAUCGAGCUGUCCAACUUGUCGGAAAUGCUUGAAAAGCCAAAUUUGAAAACCUUGGAGCAUGCACCCUACCUUUCGGCUGUUAUUUUGGAAGGAUUACGCCUUAGUUUUGGUGUCUCACAUCGCCUUCCCCGAGUCUCGCCCGACACCGCGCUCCAAUACGAUGGGAUCUUUGAUGGUAUUUUUUACAAUUACAUGAUACCUCCCGGUGUGCCAGUGAGCAUGACGCAGAUGUUCAUACAUCUUGACCCUGGCCUAUAUCCUCAGCCCAACACAUUCGAUCCGGACCGGUGGAUAGAGUCUGAAUCCAUGACUCAAGAGAAGAGACAGGACCUCAAGAAACGAAAGCACUACCUUGUUCCGUUCAGCAAGGGGACCAGAAUGUGUGCUGGGAUGCACUUGGCGUACGCCGAACUAUAUCUGAUGUUGGGAACGUUAUUUAGCCCUGAUGGAGUAGGAAGAGAAAUGAGACUCUUUGAGACUGGAGUAGAAGAUGUGAGAUGUGUUCAUGACUUCUUCAACCCUUCGCCUAGAUUGGACUCCAAGGGGGUACGGGUGGUGUUGGACAAGCAAUAAUCAAGCUAAUCAAUAAACAAGCUGUACAAUCCUUUUUCGAUAAAAGUAACCUCUCUCCCGCGCCC